AUGGAUAGAGUGAGAGAUUUUCUAGAGGAAAUGGUGAAAUUCACACUCGAAUUCCGUGAAGAUUUCGAAUUAGAGCUUACCGGCGAUUUCUGCUCCGGUCUACUUUCCGGCGAAUCUCUUCUUCACGCCGGUGAUCGGGAAGAAUCAUUUGCAGGUGUUCCUGAGUAUCCUUUGUACAAGCGUCUUGCUUUGAGUCUACUGAAAUCAAUUGAUUCUGGUUGUUUCUGUGGAAUCUCCGAGAAGAUUUCAAUGGCGGAAGAGUUGAUCUGGUUGAAGGAGAGAGAAGAUGAGUGGAGCAAGAUGAUAAUCCAAAAGGGUUCCGAGUUAGUCAAUGCAUUGAAGGAUAUAGCUUGCGAGCUUCACGUUCAAGAGCCCUUCUUUUCUCUCAUGAAAGAUGGAAUCAAAACAGUUGAAGCAAGGUGUUUUGAAGCUGAGUAUGAUAGACUACUGCGAAGAGGUUCUGUGGUUAUGAUAAAUAAAUGUCUCAUGUUUGGAGUUCUGGAAGUUCACCAAUUUUCGUCAAUAUACGAGCUGUUGAAAGCCGAGAGUCCGGAGAAAGUGUUUCCUGGCAUUAAAACAAUGGAAGAAGGUAUGCAAAUGUUUCGCAAGUUGUAUGAUGUUGAUCAAGAGACCAAUGGUGUUAUCGCAAUCCAUCUUACUAAGUCAGUUUCUCAGCCUUGUGCUGCUUUGGCUCACAUACUCUCUGGCUUGAGUUACAUUGGCGUGCAAAGCCUUCUCAGUCUUUCUCACACUAUUGGAUCCAUUUUUCAUGCUCUGCCUCCUCCAAGAUCGAUGCUACUUUCUUCGUUCAUGCUUCCAUAUAAACCAAAGAUAAAAGGUUGUACAUUGAGCCAUGGAGCUAGAGCAUUAGCCAAACAUGUUGGUCGAAGUAGCGAUAGAUUUUGGGGUGUUCUUCAUGGAACUGAUUCAGAUAAAAAUAGGUUUACGAUGGACAUGAUCAAUCGCUUCAUUAGCCAUUGUUGCUGGAUGAACAUACAUAUCGUUCCACCACACGGGGACGUGUUCGAGAUAAGAGUAGCUCAAGGCUAUGGAGCUCGUUGGUCACAAGAUGGAACCAAAUUCAUUGGAUUUCUUGAGCCUUACAGUGCGGAUGGUCACUCCAUGGCUUGGAAGCAUUAA